UUUUUUUUACACACGUGGAGGAACGCGUGGAUUUACUAACAUGAUCUUGGCAAACGCCUUCUGCAUCGUCCUCUUCGUAGAUGAGAUCCUCCGCUCGCUGGCUGGCCCCCCGUCCCCGCCGGGGCAGGACCCCCAUGGCUGGCGAGUGCCGGUGGACUGCGUGCGAGCCAACGAGCUGUGCGCGGCAGAGCCCAGCUGCAGCUCCCGGUACCGCACGCUGCGGCAGUGCCUGGCCGGCCGCGACAGAAACACCAUGCUGGCCAACAAGGAAUGUCAGGCGGCUCUGGAGGUGUUGCAGGAGAGCCCUCUCUACGACUGCCGCUGCAAGCGAGGGAUGAAGAAGGAGCUUCAGUGCCUUCAGAUCUACUGGAGUAUACACCUCGGGCUGACCGAAGGAGAAGAAUUUUAUGAAGCUUCCCCCUACGAGCCGGUCACCUCUCGUCUCUCUGAUAUAUUCAGACUUGCUUCAAUUUUCUCAGGAAUGGACCCCGCCACCAACUCCAAAAGCAACCACUGCCUCGACGCGGCCAAAGCUUGCAACCUGAACGACAACUGCAAGCGCCUGCGCUCGGGCUACAUCUCCACCUGCAGCAAGGAGAUCUCGGCCACCGAGCACUGCAGCCGGAGAAAAUGCCACAAGGCUCUGCGCCAGUUCUUCGACCGUGUCCCCAGCGAGUACACCUACCGCCUACUCUUCUGCUCCUGCAAGGACCAGGCUUGCGCCGAGCGCCGGCGGCAAACCAUCGUCCCCUCCUGCUCUUACGAGGACAAAGAGAAGCCCAACUGCCUCGACCUGCGCAACACGUGCCGGACGGAUCACCUUUGCCGGUCCCGGCUGGCCGAUUUCCACACCAACUGCCAAGCCUCCUUCCAGUCCCUGACCAGUUGCCCUGGGGACAACUACCAGGCGUGCCUGGGCUCCUACGCAGGGCUCAUUGGCUUCGACAUGACGCCCAACUACGUCGACGCCAGCACCAGCAGCAUCACCAUCUCGCCCUGGUGCUCCUGCAAAGGCAGCGGCAACAUGGAGGAGGAGUGUGAGAAGUUCCUCCGAGACUUCACGGAAAACCCCUGUCUCCGAAACGCCAUCCAAGCCUUCGGCAACGGCACCGACGUGAACCUCUCCCCCAAGAACCCCUCGCCCCCCGUCACCCUGCCACCGAAAACGGAGAAGAGCCCUGCCUUGCCAGAUGACAUCAAUGACAGCAACACCAUGUACGACACGAGCAUCAUCACCACCUGCACCUCUGUCCAGGAGCACGGAUCGAAGCUAAACAAGUCCAAAGAGCAGAGCCUGUGCUACUCAGAGACCCAGCUGACCACGGACAUCAUGCCAGACCAGAAGACGUUCGUGGACCAGAAGGCAGGCGGCAGCCGACACCGGGCGGGCCGGAUCCUGCCCCUUGUGCCCAUCCUCCUGCUGAUGCUGGCGUUAUAG